AAAAAUGGGGAGCUCGAGAGGACAUCCCUUCUCACAACACAUUCUAGACGCCGACUUACCUCAGGGGUUCAGGGAGCUUAACAUCUGGUACGAUGGGUCGACUGAUCCCUCUCGACAUCUAAGGAGUUUUGAAAAUAUGGCGGUACUACACUGCUACAAUGACCCCGUUCAAUGUCGAGCGUUCUUGAUGACUCUACGAGGACCUGUGAAAGAUUGGUUCCAUCAGUUACCUCCAGGAGCCGUCAGGGACUUUGACGGAUUCAACUCGAGUUUUUUGAAUCAAUUUUCAAGCGUGAAGGCCCAAGAAAAAUCUUAUCUUACUCUGAUAGGUAUGCAACAGAAGGAGGGAGAAUCGUUGCGAGAUUAUGUGGCGAGGUACACGCGAGCGUGUGUCGAUGUACCUUCGGCCAUCGAGGAAAUUAAAUCGGGAGGACUCACCAGGGGAUUGCUCCCAGGACUGUGUAGAAACUCUUUGGCGAAGCGCCCCGGGAGGACUUUUGAUGAGGUUCUGGGAAGGUGUGCCAAAUAUAUGAAUGUUGAGGAAGAAGAAGCCGACUUCUUGCAAGUGGCGAAGGCGAAAAUCGAACCCCGAGAAGAGAAGAAGGAUAAGAAGCCGAGUUCGACGCUAGAGAGGAAAGGAUCCCCGAGAAUAGAGAGAGGGACGGUCGAGGGGGUGGAGGCCAACUCAGUACACCCCCUUGUCGGCCCCGAAUGCGAGAAUAUUGGAGGUGAUGGAGAAGGAGAUCCGGCGAUGACUCCCGACAAAGAGGAGCUUCCUCAGAAGAGAGGGGUAAUUCAUAUGAUAUUCGGAGGGCCGACUGAUGGAGAUUCAAAUCGGGCCAGAAAAGCAUAUGCUCGAGGGCGCUAUGGAAAAGCCGAGGUGCAGCAAGUUGAGGAGAACGGCUCGGUGAUGAAUUUGGGGCCAGCGGAUAUAGGCAAAAUCGAGAGGCCACAUAAUGAUGCUUCAAUGAUAACGGCCCAAGUGUCGGGUUACGAGGUCCAAAGGGUGUUCGUCGACACCGGGAGUUCGGUGAACGUGAUCUUCUAUAACUGCCUCAAGAGGAUGGAGCUGGAUCUCGAGUUAGCGCCGUUGCAUACAUCACUUUUUGGAUUCAAUGGAUCAGAAGUUGCACCCCUGGGAGAAACUACGCUCGCAGUCGUCCUGGGAGAAGGAGACCUGUGGAAAGUCAAGAUGGUGAGAUUCGUAGUAGUCGAUGUCGAGUCCGCCAACAAUGUGAUUCUCGGGAGGCCG